CUUCUCUCCACCUUUUUUUAUUUUCUUUUCUUUUUUUAAAAAAAAAAAUAAUUGUUAUUAUUAAAUUCUAAAUAUAUCAAUUCAAUUAUGGCUGCUAAGGUUUACAUUAUUAUUUACUCUCUUUACCAUCACAUCUACACUCUUGCCAAGGAAGUUCAGAAGGGACUUGAAGCCGCUGGUGUAGAUGCUAAAAUCUUUCAAGUUCCCGAAACACUCUCUGAAGAGAUUUUGACCAAGAUGCACGCACCCGCUAAGCCUGAUGUUCCAGUGAUUACAGUGAAAGAUUUGAAUGACGCAGAUGGUUUCUUGUUUGGUAUUCCUACUCGUUUCGGUACUAUGCCUGCACAAAUCAAGGCCUUCUUGGAUGCUACAGGUGGUCUCUGGGCCUCUGGUGCUCUUGCUGGUAAGUUUGCUGGUACCUUCUUCUCUACUGCCUCUCAACAUGGUGGACAAGAGACGACUGCAUUUACAACCAUUACCUAUUUCGCUCAUCAUGGCAUGAUCUAUGUUCCUCUUGGCUUUAGCUCUCCUCAUCUCUUUGAUAACUCUGAAGUGGUGGGUGGCUCUGCUUGGGGUGCAGGUACAGUUGCAAAUGGUGAUGGUAGUCGUCAAGUAACUCAAAAGGAACUUGAAAUUGCUCAUACUCAAGGUGAAAACUUUGGUAAGAUCGUCUCUACCUAUGUCAAUGGUAAGACUGCUUAAAAACCACCACCACCAUCACCAUCACCAUCACCACCUCUACGCCUUUCUUUUCCUUUUUUUUUUAUCCUACCUUUCAUCAUCUUUAAUUUCAAGUUAUUAUCAUUUAAAUAAACCUAUUUUAGUAUUGUAAUAUCUAGUAAAACAGAAAA